AUGCUACGAUUGAAAGCAUUCCGACCGACCAAUGAUAAAAUAGUUAAGGUACAAUUACAUCCGACGUAUCCAUGGAUGGUCACGGCCGAUGCAUCAGAUCGAGUGUGUGUCUGGAACUGGGAACAUCGCCAGGUGAUAUACGAACUAAAAGCUGGUGGAGUAGAUGUGAGGCGUUUGGUUGGCGCCAAGUUGGAGAAGCUAGCUGAGGGAGAAACAGAUCACAAGGGGAAGCCCACAGAAGCCAUUCGUGGAGGGAGUGUAAAGCAGGUUAAUUUUUUUGACGAUGACGUUCACUUUUGGAAACUCUGGCACAAUCACUCUGCUGCUGCAGAGGCUCCAUCAGCAGUUCAUAAUCACGCAUCAGCAUUUAGUUCUCCUGCCCCAUCAACUAAAGGGAGGCAUUUUCUAGUCAUAUGUUGCUUGAACAAAGCUAUAUUUUUGGACUUGGUAACAAUGCGUGGCCGGGAUGUGCCAAAGCAAGAGCUUGAUAGCAAGUCCCUUCUAUGCAUGGAGUUCCUUCAUAGAUCUGGUGUCAGUGACGGUCCUCUUGUUGCUUUCGGUGGGUCUGAUGGAAUCAUCCGAGUUCUCUCAAUGCUGACAUGGAAGCUUGUAAGGAGGUAUAAUGGAGGUCAUAAAGGAUCCAUCUCUUGCUUGAUGAACUUUGUCGCUGCUUCCAGUGAGGCUUUUCUGGUUUCGGGAGCUAGUGACGGAUUGCUCAUAAUAUGGAGUGCUGACCAAGGACAAGAUUCACAAGAACUUGUCCCCAAGUUUUGGUUAAAAGCACAUGAUGGCGGGGUUACGUCAGUUGAACUUUCCAGGGUGAACGGAGGUGCUCCUCUGCUAAUUGCAAUUGGUGCAGAUAAGGCGUUAACUAUAUGGGACACAGUCUCCUUUAAGGAGUUACGACGUAUUAAACCAGUACCAAAAUUGGCUUGCCACAGCGUGGCAUCUUGGUGCCAUCCUCGAGCUCCAAAUCUUGAUAUUCUAGUUUGCGUCAAGGAUUCACAUAUAUGGGCCAUGGAACAUCCCACAUAUUCUGCUCUCACAAGGCCAUUGUGUGAGCUAACCUUGGUUAUUCCUCCUCAAGCUCUUGCUCCUAAUAAGAAAUUAAGGGUGUAUUGUAUGGUUGCACAUGCUUUGCAGCCACAUCUUGUUGCCACGGGAACCAAUAUUGGUGUUAUUAUCUGUGAGUUUGAUGCUAGAUCUCUUCCAUCAGUGGCUCCCCUGCCAAUACCAAGAGAUGGCGGAGAAAAUUCUGCUGUAUAUGUUGUUGGAAGGGAACUACAGCUAUUAAAUUUUCAGCUAAGCAACUCAGCAAAUCCGUCUAUUGCAAAUAGCAGCUCUUUAUCAGAAACAGGGAGGUCUAAGAGAGAAUUUUUUGAACCCUUGCUUAUAAAGCAAGGAAGGAAGCACAUUAAUACACCUAUUCCACAUGAUUCAUAUUCAGUUCUUUCAGUGAGUAGCUCUGGAAAGUAUCUUGCCAUCACUUGGCCUGAUUUUCCAUUCUUUUCUAUCUACAAGGUUGGUGACUGGUCAAUUGUUGAUUCUGGGAUUGCAAGGAUUCUUGCUUGGGACACAUGUCGUGAUAGAUUUGCUAUAUUGGAAUCUGCGUUACCUCCAAGAAUUCCUAUAAUUCCUAAGGGUGGUUCAUCAAGAAAAGCAAAAGAAGCUGCGGCGGCACAUGCUGCGGCAGCUGCUGCUUCUGCUGCUUCCACAGGUUCUGUUCAAGUCCGUAUCUUGUUAGAUGAUGGAACUUCAAAUAUAUUAAUGAGGUCUGUAGGUGCACGGAGUGAACCAGCCAUUGGUUUGCAUGGAGGAACACUUCUUGGUAUUGCUUACCAAACAUCCAGGAGAGUUAGCUCAGUUUCUGCUUUCGGUAUUUCAACGACCCAAUCAAUGCCCUUAUCAGGUUAUGGGGGCAUUGGUGUUUCUUCUUUCGCUACUGUUGAUGACGGAUUUUCUUCGCAUAGAUCUUCAGCUGGGACCACAUAUCAAAACAACUUUCAGCUGUACAGUUGGGAGACUUUCCAGCCUGUUGGUGGUCUACUUCCUCAGCCAGAAUGGACGGCGUGGGACCAAACUGUUGAGUUGUGUGCCUUUGCAUACCAUCGAUACAUAGUCAUUUCUUGUUUGCGCCCUCAAUUCAGAUAUCUGGGAGAUGUGGCAAUUCCAUAUGCCACUAGUGCUGUUUGGCAACGUAGACAGUUGUUUGUGGCCACACCUACUACUAUAGAAAUUGUUUUUGUGGAUGCUGGGGUAGUAGAAAUUGACAUAGAAACUAAAAAGAUGAAAGAAGAGCAAAAAAUAAAAGAGGCACAAGCCAAAGCAGUAGCUGAGCAUGGAGAAUUAGCCUUGAUUACUGUUGAUGGCCCCCAAGCUACUAAAGAAGAAAGAAUAUCAUUGAGGCCACCAAUGCUACAGGUAGUGCGAUUGGCUUCAUUUCAGCAUGCUCCUUCAGUGCCACCCUUCUUAAUGUAUACAAAACAACCUAAGCUUGAAAGAAAUGAUUCUUGGAUGAUAAAAGCUGAAGAAAAAAAGGCCAGCGAGGUAGCUGUUGGUGGUGGAGGAGUGUCUGUUGCAGUUACUCGUUUCCCCAUGGAGCAGAAGCGUCCAGUUGGGCCUCUGGUUGUGGUUGGGGUCAGAGAUGGAGUGCUCUGGCUAAUUGACCGGUACAUGUGUGCUCAUGCUUUAUCCCUUAGUCAUCCUGGUAUUCGGUGUAGAUGCCUUGCUGCCUACGGUGAUGCUGUUAGUGCAGUUAAAUGGGCAAGCAGGCUUGGGAGAGAACACCAUGAUGAUCUGGCGCAAUUUAUGCUGGGAAUGGGUUAUGCUGCUGAAGCCCUUCAUUUACCUGGAAUAUCCAAGAGGUUGGAGUUUGAUCUGGCAAUGAAAAGCAAUGAUUUGAAGAGAGCUCUUCAAUGCCUUCUUAUCAUGAGCAAUAGUACGAACAUAGGACAUGAUAAUCCCGGUCUUGCUUUGAAUGAUAUCCUCAAUUUAAAUGAUAAAAAAGAAGAUAUUGUUGAAGCUGUUCAGGGCAUAGAAUUCGCAAAGGAGUUUUUGGAUCUCAUUGAUGCUGCGGACGCUACUGCACAGGUUGAAAUUGCUCGCGAGGCUCUUAAGAGGUUAGCUGCUGCUGGUUCAGUGAAAGGCGCUCAAGGUCACGAACUAAGAGGAUUAUCGUUGCGGCUUGCAAAUCACGGUGAAUUGACACGGCUAAGUGGUUUGGUGAGUAAUUUAGUCACUCUUGGCUUGGGACGAGAAGCUGCAUUUGCUGCUAGUCUUUUGGGUGACAACGGCCUAAUGGAGAAAGCAUGGCAGGAUACUGGGAUGCUGGCGGAAGCUGUGCUUCAUGCUCAUGCACAUGGACGUCGAACUUCAAUGAACAUGCUUCAAGCUUGGAACCAAAUGCUUCAAAGAGAGGUUGAGCCUAUGAAAUCGCACAAAACAGAUGCUACAGCUGCAUUUCUUGCAUCUCUCGAGGACCCUAAGCUUACGACGUUGGCAGAAGCAAGAAAGCAGCCACCAAUUGAAAUCUUACCUCCAGGGAUGGUUUCUCUCUCUGCUCCUUUCUCCACCCAGAAAAAACCACCAUCCGCUGCACAAAAUUCACAGCAGUCAACAGGCAAGCCUUUGGCCCUGGAGGCACCCACUAAUACCACAACAAUGGCAAUGAACGCUUUGCAACAAUCCGCAUCAACACCAAUGCCAACACUUCCUGCUGCUGCUACAACAGUGCCAAUGAAUGCUUUGAAGCAAACUGCACCCACAAGAACAAUUCCCACAAUCACAAAAGAGCCCGUGAAGGCUCUAAAGCAAUCUAAAUCAACACCAACAUUUCCUGGAACCACAACAGAGCCAAUGAAAGAUUUAAAGCGUUCGAAAUCUGCACCAACACUUCCCACAGUCACAACAGAACCAGCAACUGCUACAGAGCAAUGUGGACCGCCACCAACACCUCCAACAACAGGAGUGCCAAUGAGCGCUUUAAAGCAGUCUGGAUCUACACUUACAACUCCUACAACUGCCACAGGGCCUAUAAAUGCUUUGAAGCAGGAAACUACGAUAAUGCCAAUGAAUGCUUUGAAGCAGUUUGAAUUGACACAAACACCUCCUGCAGCUACAACAAUGCCAUUGAAUGCUUUGAAUCAGAAUGCAUCCACGAGGAAUUCAGUACCACCAGAUGUCCCUCGACAGGUAGCAGACUCUGAGAAGGGCAGCAUCCCAACUACUAUACCACCAACUGUAGCAUCCUUGAAAGACUUCCUCGCAUGAUUGGUAUUCUUACUGUGCUUCUGAUAUUUGCGCACGGGAGAUGAUUGUGUGGUUCA